GGCGGGGUUGGCUCUAACGAAUUUGAAUGAGGAGCCUCAGCGCUUUCGGCGCCAUUUUCGAGUGAUGCCUGAUCUCAUCAAUCUAGCGGGAGAGACAGGAUAACCUGUCCGAGAGUAUAGCGCCACUAUGACUCCGCCGGAAAAAUUACUUUAAAAAUCGCCAAAAAUUACUUGGAGCAAAGGGCAGUCGGCGGAGCUUCGCCAAGGCUGGCGCAGUCGGUUUUGACCUGUAGCAGAGAACCAAUUCUGGAGAACAGCCUCACGUCUUUGAUUGAAUACUCACAUAAUGCAUUGGAACAUGACAUGAGAUUAAGGUUUAAUAAUGAUAGAAUGAAGACCAUAAUAAAAGAGACCUCUGCUUAGUUCUGCAAUUCUUACCUUUCUUACCUAUUUGAUGAAGAUGUCUUUUGAAAGGUGUACUGCAAGGAACAAAAUGUUUGUAAAUUCUGCUUUUACCAAGGUGGAUAAUUACUGUACCUUCCUCAUGGAAAAAGUUUUAUUUAAAGUGUUAUUUCUCAUUGAAUACUAUCAAAAAGGAAAAAAAAAAUGACCUAAACUUUUGAGAUAGAUUUGGCUCUAGUGUAAAUUUUGAUACCACCAUUGCCGCCCUCACCUCAGAAAAGGUGAGAACUGACUAAACUACUGGUACUUAGACCAUGUGGAGAAGGAACUGAAAAUGGAAACAGAAACACGUCUGUACAGAGCAGAGUGUCAGACAAUAGCUCAUUUUAGUAGAGGGCAAUAAAUGCCACAUGAGAUGAUCACCUCAGGAGAAAACUGGGAUGUGGAGACGCCGGUAGCGGGGCCAGGAAGGCUCCGGACGGAGCAGCUUUUCUGGACCACAGACACACUGUCCCGGCGCCCACCGCAGGCCGCUCCUCCCCAGGCCCGUGACAGUGCCCCGCUGGUUUCCGCCGCGCAGCCGGGACUGGAGCUCAGACGGCCUUCGCCAGCCACCCCAACCCAAGUCCCCACCCUCGCUGAAGGUUCGAGGACCACCCCGCUUUCCCGAGAGGAGCCGGGCGGCGGGUACUUAUCUCCGACCUCCGGCGAGUGGGAGAGGCCGCGCGACCGCCCGUCCUCCAGCUACAGGAACCGCACGGAACAAAAAAAAAAGCCCAACCCUUCACACCACUUCAUCCUCAUCUCAAGACCAGAAGCCGACCCCAGCGGCUCGGGGAAAUGGAGCCCCGCACCCCACAAGGGGGAGGGUGGGACGGGCACCUCCGCACUGCGCGGCCUGCGGAGUCACCGAUUCGCGUUGGGAGCGCGCCAGGGCUCUAGCCGGGGGCUCCGGACAAGGCGCAACCAGAAGAGGGUUCAGUAUCCCCCAUCACCCCCACCCCCAACCGUGACCCUCUUUCUUUGCGGGCUUUAGGCAGGACACCAGAGACCCAAUUCUGUUUAAAAUUCUCUUUUAAGAAAAGGAACGCCUGCUUUUGCCUUUGGGGGAAAGGAUGAACUUUCAAAUUGCCUUUAAAUUAUCCCCCACUAACAGUUACUCAGUCGCUAACCUGACUCUUCUGACGCCCACCUCGCGUUUGAGGACCUUGCCCAAUAGCAAACGUACUAAGCACUUAACCAAUGAACGGUGUGGACGAUGCAAACAUGGAUGAUGAAGGAAUGGCUCCUCCAAAAUUUACGAUCUUGGGAGAAGUGAGGCGAGUACAGAAUCUCAGAACACGCUGCAGGAUUGAGUUCUAUCCCAGUUGAGGGAGUUUGGGUUUGGGGAGGAAAUAGGUUAUUUUGGAGAAACGGUAUUCAAGACCUACCAUACAUAGCAGUACAGCCCGUUGACUAAUAAUGCUUAGCCCAACCCCCGUAAAAAGCCCCUGGCCACAUCCGUCUCCUGAGAUUCCAACUUCUCUGCGUGCAUCUCCCUUUCUGCUAUAAGAAACCUAACUUUGCCUUCGUAGAACACUUCUUUUAAUUUCUGUCAUUCAGUCUCACAAGAACACUGUGUAAAAGAAAUUAUGAUCUUCAUCCUAUAUAGAUGAGAAAACAGGUGAAGUGACUUUUCCAAGGUACAAAAACAAGAGGCAGAGCUGAGGCUAAAGGCAGAUUCCAGAUAUGGGCUCUUUCUACAGCACCAUAACUGUCAGUGACAAAACUGCACCCCAGUUCCUUACUAAAUUUAGUGUUUUUAGGCCAGGCACGGUGGCUCAUGCCUCUAAUCCCAGCACUUUGAGAGGUCGAGGCGG